UGUGUGUGUGUGUGUGUGUGUGUGUGUGUGUGUGUUUGUGUGUGUGUGUGUGCGAUUGCUGCUGUGUGUGAGCUGAUGAAUAGCAGAAAAUGUCCUGGAUGCUUCACUCUGUUUUGUUUUUGGCACACUGGCGCUGAACCUGCCGGUGACACUGGGGAGCAUUAACUCGGUGCAGAAGCUUGGGGACGUUUCUUGCAUUUUGGAGCAGUUUCCAGCGGAGACAAAUGCGGGACGUGCAGCAGGUGUAACUGAAGACAGUGAGCUCCUCACCAAAGACCACGAUGCUGCAGCGGUGCAUCCUGAGGCCGUACCAUGUGCUUGCACUGGUGCUGUGUGUGUCGGCCGGCGAUGACUUUGAGUGGACGAAGAAUGACAGGACGUCUUUCUACUACGGCACCUUCCCGACCGGUUUCUCCUGGGGAGCUGGCAGCUCUGCCUAUCAGACUGAAGGAGCUUGGAACAUUGAUGGCAAAGGAAUGAGCAUCUGGGACACGUUUGCCCACCAGAAGGGGAAAAUAUUCGCAAAUGACACGGGAGACUCCUCGUGUGAGGGCUACUACAAAUUCAAGGAUGACAUUUCCUUGAUGAAGGACAUGAAGUUGAAUCAUUAUCGUUUCUCCAUUUCCUGGCCAAGGAUUUUACCAAGCGGACUGAAAAGUGAACACAUCAACGAGAAAGGAAUCAAAUAUUAUGAUGACCUGAUUAACAUGCUGCUGGACAACAAGAUCACACCCAUCGUUACGUUGUACCACUGGGAUUUACCACAGGUCCUGCAGGAGAAGUACGGCGGCUGGCAGAACGUCAGCAUGGUGAACCACUUCAACGACUUUGCCAACUUAUGCUUUGAAAGAUUUGGAAACAGAGUGAAGUACUGGAUCACCUUCAACAAUCCGUGGUCUGUCGCUGUGGAGGGAUAUGAAACAGGAGAACACGCGCCCGGACUGAAGCUGAAGGGAACAGGAGCUUACCAAGCUGCCCACCACAUCAUCAAGGCACACGCCAAAGUUUGGCACACGUACGACAUGAAGUGGCGAAGCAAACAAAAAGGCCUGGUUGGGAUCUCGCUGACAGCUGAUUGGGGGGAACCCGUGGACAUCACCAACCAGAGGGACAUUGAAGCGGCCGAGAGAUACAUCCAGUUCUACAUGGGAUGGUUCGCUACCCCGCUCUUUCAUGGAGAUUACCCCCAGGUCAUGAAGGACUACAUCGGCAGGAAGAGUGGCCAGCAGGGCCUGGGAGCUUCACGGCUGCCCGUCUUCUCGUCUGAGGAGAAGAGUUACAUCAAGGGAACCUGUGACUUCUUGGGCCUCGGCCAUUUCACUACUCGCUACAUCACCCUGAAGAAUUACCCAUCAGGCCUUGGAGACAGCUACUUUGCAGAUCGGGACCUCGCCGAGCUGGUUGACCCACAAUGGCCCGAUCCUGGCUCUGAAUGGCUCUAUUCUGUCCCCUGGGGCUUCCGACGCUUGUUGAACUUUGUCAAGACUCAGUAUGGAAACCCCAUGAUAUACGUGACAGAAAACGGCGUGUCGGAGAAAAUGCUCUGCACCGACCUCUGCGACGACUGGAGAAUGAAGUACUUCAAAGACUACAUCAAUGAAAUGCUGAAAGCAAUUAAGGAUGGAGUGAACGUGAAGGGUUACACAGCCUGGUCUCUUCUUGAUAACUUUGAGUGGGAUGAGGGAUUCUCCGAGAGGUUCGGACUCUACUAUGUGGACUUCAGGAACAAAAACAAACCACGCUACCCCAAGGCUUCUGUCCAGUUCUACAAACGCAUCAUCAGCUCUAACGGCUUCCCCAAUCAGCGAGAGGUGGAAAGCUGGAAGAGGAAAGCUGUAGAGAUGUGCUCCUCCAGUAACCAGCUGCUGGCUGCCGCUGGAAGAAACUCCCAUGGAAAUCAGGAACAUGCAGGAAUGCAAAAGGCUUGGCCAGUGCAUGAUGAAGUUUAGAUCCACUGAUAGGCCACAUGGAGAUGGUGACAGAGAUUGUGGUUCCCACCGUGUGCACACUCUGCAUCCUCCUCAGCGCAGUCUUCCUCAUGUUCCUGCUGCGUGGACGCCUCUGAAGACACACACACACACAGACAGUCACAUCCUGGCAGCAGUCCACAGCUGAAGAAAUGAAUCUGAGAGUGGCUUCAAAGCUGUCAAACUUGAUCCUGUCCUGAGCAUCUUGUUGAUUAAACUGUCCUGCUGUUCUGUUUUGCAUGAUCACUUUUUCAGGUUGUCACUGUUGAGUCAAAAUGAGUCACAACUCUGGAAGAAUGAAUUCAAGCUUGGUAUAUUACUUUUUUAUUUUUCAACAAACUGGUCUUGUGUGGUUUUUGAAGUAGUUCAGUUUUACAGGCUACUCAGGCUGACCACAGAGAGGACGAGAUUUACUGUCAACGAGUUUGUGAAAUUAAGAAAAAAGAGUGAUGGAGAUAAAGUGUUGUACUCUCUGUGGAUCUUACACUUCAAUUAAAUAUAUUUUAGGACUUAACUGGUGCUGAUUAUUUUUUCAUAUCGACCCUGCCGAAAAG